CCAACCAUGGAUGAACAGAAGAGGUGGUGGAAGGUGGGUCCCACCUGGCCCAUCUGCACAAGGGCUGAGGGAGGGGGAAGGGGUGAAGAUGAGGCCCUGCUGCCAUUCCACAUGGCCAUCCCUGUCCCUGCCCCCAGGGGAGCUGAAACUGCAUGGAAGGUCCCCUGGGGGCCCCCUGUCUAAUAAACUCAAUGAUGAGGACUGUGGUUCUGGUUCCAGGGCCCCUGACACCCAGCCUCUCCCCGAGGCCUGCCCCUUUCACCCCUGGGGAGCUGAAGACGGGAGCACCAUCAAGAGUUCUUGCAUCCAUCAAGACCCAGGAGUCUGAGUCUCAGUCUUCCGUCCCAGGGCUUCGGGCUCUCAGCCCCCUCCUCCCUCAGACCCAGGAGUCCAGGCCCCUAGCCUACCCCCUCAGACACGGGAGUCCAGCCCCCUAGCCCCCUCCUCCCUCAGACUGGGGAAUCCAACCAAGCCUCCAGUCCUCUCCACCCUCGGACCAGGAGUCCAGCCCCAGCCCCAGCCCCAGCCCCUCCUCCUCCCUCAGACCCAGGAGUCAGGGGCCCCAGUCACUCCUCCCUCAGACCUAGCAAUUCAGGCUCCCAGCCAGGCCUGCUCCGGACCCCAAAUCCAGGUUCCCUGCCACCAUGGAGAUGGGAUCCUCGGCUCAGGCGCUUGCCCCUUAAGGAAAUAAAAGUCCCCUCGGGCUCCAGCCGGGUCAGGACCCCGCCCCCAGGCCCUCCUCCCGGGGCAGUUUCCCUCCUCCCCUCGCGUCCCCUUAAAAUACCCAGGGUCCCUAUGGCAACAGGCGCUGGGCGACAGGUGCGGGUGUUAUUUACGGGUCGAGCCUGAAAUAGCCCGGGAGGGCGCGGGGGUAGGCGGGUGGGGCGACGCCGGACGGAGCCGAGUGGCGCGUCGGGGCGGAGCGGGCUGCGACUUGCAGGACCCGACGGCUCGGAGGCGUCGCGGAGCUGGGGCCGGCGCGGCGCGGAGGCAGGAGAGCGAGAGGGGACCCUGCCCGGGAGACCAGGGUGGGAGGCCUGCGGGAGGCAGCUGGCCUGGAGCUGAGCCUGGAGCCCUCCCGGCCCGGCAGGCCCUGGGAGCCCGGGGGAGGAGGAGCCGAGUGAUCCCAAAGGGACGCUGAGUCCCUUCCGGGUCCCAGCUGUCCUUCGAAUCCCGGGGGGAUUUCGUGCCCGUUUCCUGAGCCUCAGUGGGGACCACAGCCCUUCCCUCUGGCCCCGAUAGGGACCCCAGGUCCCCCUCCUGAGCCCCGGGGCGUCCGCCAGCCCCCUUCUCUGGACCCCACUGUGUCUCUGAGCCACUGUCCUCUCUCUCAGACGCAGGGAGACUCUGUGAUCUCUCGUCUCUGAAUGGCCAGGGAGACACCCACCCCCUUUUCCUGAAGCCACGUCAGGACUCCACUGUCCCCUUCUGUGAAUGUUGGGGGCCCUACGGCCUUUCUGAGACCCAGAAGGAGUUCGGAUCUCUUCUGAACUCCAGAGGGGACCCAGCUUCUCCCACUCCAGACUCUGAGCCCAAAAGGAACCAGGAGACUUCUCUCAAACACUCAAGAGGCCCUCGGCAACCCUCCCUGGGUACCCCGAGCUCUGAGCCUUAGUGGGGUGCUCCUGGACACCCAGUUUCCCACUGGUGAUUCCUCCCAGUGGGGACCCAGAGUGACCCCUCAGAGCCUCAGCCAGGGCUCAGUUCUUGCUCUGGAGCCCUGAGGUCCCUCUGCUAGAGACCCAGGUUCCAGCUCUGCACUUUGGGGGUACCCUGCCUUUCUUCUGGGUCCCACCUUCCUUGUGGAGUUUCUGGGCCUCCCCAGGCCUUCCUCUGAACUUGGAGGGUUUCCGCCCAGAGGCUCUAUUUUUUCCUCUUCUAAGCUCCGGAGGAAACCUCAACUCCCCUACUGGAGGUUCUGGGGAAGGUUCACAUCUUCCUUUCUCAGAAUCCAGUGGAAACUGAGCCCCUCACUCCUUCAGGACCACAGGCGCUUGCCUCCCCGCUCCCGCCCUCAGGACCCUCCUCCGCUCUGCCUCUCUUGCACCUGUUCUGAGCCCCGCCAGGGCUGCCGCCUCCAGGAUGAUGAUGUGGUCUAACUUUUUCAUGCAAGAGGAGGACCGGCGGCGGCGGGAGGCUGCGAGCCGCCGGCGGGCUCAGGGGCAGCACCAGCUGACCCCCGAGCGGGAGGGAAAGAUCAAGCUAGGGCUCCUGCUGAGCGCCGUGGGCGCCACGCUGGCCGUGCUGGCCGUGGGCACCGAGUUCUGGGUAGAGCUCAACACCUACAAGACCAAUGGCAGUGCCAUCUGCGAGGCCGCCCACAUGGGGCUGUGGAAGAUGUGCACCAAGCGGCUGUGGCAGUCCGACGUGCCUGCGGGCAGAGACACCUGCGGCCCCGCGGAGCUGCCCGGAGAAGCAAACUGUACCUAUUUUAAAUUCUUUACCACGGGGGAAAAUGCACGCAUCUUCCAGAGAACUACAAAGAAAGAAGUGAAUCUGGCAGCUGCAGUGAUAGCAGUCCUAGGCUUGGCAGUCAUGGCCUUGGGGUGCCUCUGUGUCAUCAUGGUGCUCAGCAAAGGUGCAGAGUUCCUACUCCGAGUUGGAGCCGUCUGCUUUGGCCUCUCAGGCCUGCUGCUCCUGGUCAGCCUGGAGGUGUUCCGGCAUUCCGUGCAAGCCCUCCUGCGGAGAGUCAGCCCUGAGCCUCCCCCUGCCCCCGCCCUGACCUACGAAUACUCCUGGUCCCUGGGCUGUGGGGUGGGGGCCAGCCUGGUCUUGCUGCUGGGGGGCGGCUGCUUUCUCCUGCUCACCUUACCUCCCUGGCCCUGGGGCUCACUCUGCCCCAAGCAGGGGCACAGGGCCGCCUAGAACCACCUCUGUGCCUUGUGCAAGCUACUUCUAAUCCCUUCCUUUUCUCCAUUUUAUCCCCCCAAAUCUGCCCCCCCAAUCCUGGAGAGACUGUGUUCGCCUUGUUGUGGGGCGCAUGGGGUUCGCACAGACCUGCUUCUGCCUCAUCUUUUCCCUCUGUGAAUAUGUUCUUCUCUGUGGCUGAAUUGGGAUGCUUGGGGGUAGGAUGGGGAGAGGAUUUUUGCAAACGAGGGUCCCCAGGGAAGGUGGGAGGGAAGGGGACCUGAUGGGGUAACGAGGGAGUGGGGUGGCGGGAUGAGGCCAGGGGGUCUUGGGAGGGAGUUGGACCGACUCGUUUUCUUGAUCUGGAUGUGUUCACUUGUGGGAGAGACCUCUUCAACCUAAUUUGAACCAGGGGAGGGGAAAUCUUUGGGUCUGACCUUGCUAUGGUCGGUUUGGGAUUAAAGGUUUGGAAAUUUAAC